AUGACUUGGAUUAGCUACGGUGGUAUUCACACUAAAAAUUUGGAGGCACUAUCUUUCGAUGAGAAGUGUACUAUCUACACAGAUCAUAAGAGUCUUAAGUACCACCUCAUUCAGAAGGAGUUGAAUCUUAGGCAGCAAAGAUGGAUAGAGCUGCUUAAAGACUAUGAUUGCUCGAUUGAAUACCAUCUUGGUAAGGCUAACGUGGUAGUGUACGCACUGAGCCGUAGGGCUGUAUCUGAUUUAAGAGCGUUGUUUGCUUGUCUCAGCCUGUUUGAUGAUGGUAGCUUGUUCGCUGAGUUACAAGUUAGACCGACGUGGACUGAACAUAUUAAGGCUAAAUUGUUGUUGGAUGAGUCACUGGUUCCUCGUUUCCGUCAGGUUGAGAAUGAGGAAACUUUGGAUUUUGGGAUAAAUAGUGAAGGAAUACUAUGCUUCCGUGGGAGAGUGAGGGAUAAUGAUUUGAGGCAGUCUAUACUGCAAGAAGCGCAUAGUAGUCCUUAUGCUAUGUAUCCAGGCGAGAAUAAAAUGUAUCGAGAUCUUCGUGAGUUGUACUGA